GGAGAAGGAGGAGGAGGACGACGAGGAGGACGAGGAGCCAUAGCCGCCGCCGCCGUCGCCCCCGCGCGCGAAGGCCGCACCGCCCGCUCAGGGGCCGUUUGGGCCGGUUGGGCCCAACAGCGGACCCCACGACGCCUCAGGCCGCUCCAUCUUGGCCGCCCCGCCGCGCCGCACGGUGCCCGCUUGGACCUCCCGGCCGCUCAGCACAGUGCCCCGUACACAAGAAUAUGAAACAGGGGUCAAAAUGACGUCCCGAUUCGGAAAAACCUAUAGCAGGAAAGGGGGAAAUGGCAGCUCCAAAUUCGAUGAAGUCUUUUCCAACAAACGGACCACCCUUAGCACAAAGUGGGGAGAAACCACCUUCAUGGCCAAAUUAGGACAGAAAAGGCCCAACUUCAAGCCAGAUAUCCCAGAAAUUCCCAAGAAGCUCAAAGUGGAAGACGAGAAUACAGAAGAUCCGUUUGGAUUUGACAGCGAUGAAGAGUCUCUGCCAGUUUCUUCAAGGAGUUUGGCCCCAGCUAAGAGUUCCUCGCUGUCGGAGUCUGGUGAAGCUGCUCAGCCUGAAAACCUCACUGCUGUACUUGAAGCUAAUAGCAGAAUUAGUCAGCCAGUCGGUGGAGACAAUACUGUGUCCAGCAAGUGCUUAGCUUUUGACAGUACUUUUCUGAAUUUAAAAGAAAAGAGCACAAACAGAGUCUUAGAAGAUGGUGAAAGCAAAAGCAGCACCACUAAACUCAUAACUGCAGAUAAAAUGCAGAAUUUUAAUGAAGAUGGUGAGAAGAACAGUCACUCUAUUUACAAGAAUGCUGAAGAUAGUAAUAAAAAACCCAGUGCUGAAACCACAGCUGUUUCUGGAUACAAAGUUGAAUUCAAGGACUCACAUGAUUCUUGGGAUUCCCGUAUUGGGAAAAGGUCAGACUCUCCAACAGAAAUUUCCCAGACUAAGGGUCCACUCAGAACUGGUUUGUAUGAAUGGGAUGAUGAUGUCGAGGACAACAGACCAGAAGAUUAUGUUUUAGGUUUGGAGAGUGAUCAUCUUCUAGAGGUUAAGAAUAAAGAUGAGGAGUUUACAGAGAAGGAGGAGAUGGAAAAUCAAAACGAAGCCAUUAGCGAAGAGGUUGUGCAAAGUGUUCUUAGGCCAAGCAAUUGUAGGACAUACUGUCGUUCCAACAAAGCAAAAUCAUCACAAGGAGCCACAAAUUUCGAUAAGCUACUGGACGGCACCAGUCAGUCGUUAGCCAAAGGAAACAAUGAAUCAAAUAAAGAAGGUCUGAACCCAGGGCGGAAAGUUGGUUUAAAUAGUGGGACCAGUUUUAGGGGGACAGUUGGAAGGACUAGAGACUACACCGUUCUGCACCCGUCUUGUUUGUCAGUUUGUAAUGUUACCAUUCAGGAUACCAUGGAACGGAGCAUGGACGAGUUUGCCACAGCAACUCCGACUGACCUGGGAGAAGCUGGUCGGCUAAGGAAGAAAGCCGAUCUUGCUACCACCAAGACCACCACCAGAUUCCGACCUAGCAAUACGAAAUCCAAAAAGGAUGUCAAACUUGAGUUUUUUGGGUUUGAAGACCAUGAUGAGGGAGGGGGUGACGAAGGAGGCUCAGGAAGUUCUAAUUAUAAAAUUAAAUAUUUUGGGUUUGAUGAUCUGAGUGAAAGUGAAGAUGAUGACGAUGAAUGGCAGAUAGAAAGAAAGACAAACAAAAAAAGAACUAAAGCAGCACCAACAUCUUCCUUUCAACCUGCUCCGGAAAAUAAUGAUAAUUUUUCCCAGGACAGUCAAUCCAGCACUAAUGCUGAUCUGGAUUUUUCAGAGGAUUUGCCUGGUGUGCCUGAAAAUGUAAAGAAGUCCACAAAUAAACAAGGAGAUAAAUCAAAGGAAAAUACCAGGAAGAUAUUUAGUGGGCCCAAACGGUCUCCAACCAAAGCCGUGUAUAAUGCUAGACAUUGGAACCAUCCAGAAUCCGAGGAGCUACCAGCACCACCAGUAUUGAAAACACAGAGUGUUCCAGUGAGGCUCUCUUCAAAGGAGGCUAUUCAGAAAGAUGAUGGAGUUUUUAAGGCUCCUGCACCACCACCCAAAGUGAUAAAAACUGUGACAAUACCUACUCAACCCUAUCAAGAAAUAGUAACUGCAUUGAAAUGUAGGAAAGAAGACAAAGAAUUAUACACUGUUGUUCAGCAUGUGAAACACUUCAAUGAUGUAGUGGAAUUUGGUGAAAAUCAAGAGUUUACUGAUGAUAUUGAAUACUUGUUAAGUGGAUUAAAGAGCACUCAGCCUCUAAACACACGUUGCCUUAGUGUAAUUAGCUUGGCGACAAAAUGCGCCAUGCCCAGUUUCCGAAUGCACCUGAGAGCUCAUGGGAUGGUAGCCAUGGUCUUUAAAACACUGGAUGAUUCACAACACCACCAGAAUCUGUCCCUUUGUACAGCAGCUCUAAUGUACAUCCUGAGUAGAGACCGCUUGAACAUGGAUCUUGAUAGAGCUAGUCUGGAUCUCAUGAUUCGCCUUUUGGAAUUGGAACAAGAUGCUUCAUCUGCUAAGCUGCUCAAUGAGAAAGAUAUGAACAAAAUCAAAGAAAAAAUCAGGCGACUCUGUGAAACUGUACACAACAAACAUCUUGAUCUAGAAAAUAUCACGACUGGGCAUUUAGCAAUGGAAACGUUACUGUCCCUUACUUCAAAACGAGCAGGAGACUGGUUUAAAGAAGAGCUGCGUCUUUUGGGUGGCCUUGAUCAUAUUGUAGAUAAAGUAAAAGAAUGUGUGGAUCAUUUAAGUAGUGAUGAAGAUGAAGAGAAACUUGUUGCUUCAUUGUGGGGAGCAGAGAGAUGUUUACGGGUUUUAGAAAGUGUAACAGUGCAUAAUCCAGAGAAUCAAAGCUACUUGAUAGCCUACAAAGAUUCACAACUUAUAGUUUCAUCAGCUAAAGCAUUGCAGCAUUGUGAAGAACUGAUCCAACGCUAUAACCGUGCCGAGGAUAGCAUAUGUUUACCUGACAGUAGGCCUCUGCCUCACCAGAAUGUAACGAACCAUGUCGGUAAAGCAGUGGAAGACUGCAUGAGGGCCAUCAUUGGCGUGCUGCUCAACUUAACUAAUGAUAAUGAGUGGGGCAGUACAAAAACAGGUGAACAGGAUGGUCUGAUAGGCACAGCAAUGAACUGCGUGCUUCAGGUUCCAAAGUUCCUACCUCAAGAACAAAGAUUUGACAUUCGAGUGCUGGGCUUGGGCCUGCUGAUCAAUCUCGUAGAAUACAGUGCUCGGAAUCGGCAUUGUCUAGUCAAUAUGGAAACAUCGUGUUCUUUUGACUCCUUCUGUACUGGAGAAGGCGAUGAUAGUCUAAGGAUAGUUGGACAGAUAGACGCUGUUCAGGCUUUAGUGCAGCUGUUCCUUGAACGGGAGCGAGCUGCCCAACUGGCUGAAAGCCAGACGGAUGAGCUGAUCAAAGAAGCUCCUACUGCUCAGCAUGAUAAGAGUGGGGAAUGGCAGGAGACCAGUGGGGAGAUCCAGUGGGUUUCCACGGAAAAGACUGACAGUACAGAAGAGAAAGAUAAGAAGGAAGAUGAUGAUGAAGAACUUGACCUUAAUAAAGCCCUUCAACAUGCUGGAAAGCACAUGGAAGAUUGCAUCGUGGCCUCAUAUACAGCACUGCUUCUCGGCUGCCUCUGCCAAGAGAGUCCAAUCAAUGUGACCACUGUGAGAGAGUACUUACCUGAAGGGGACUUUUCAAUAAUGACAGAAAUGCUCAAAAAAUUUCUCAGUUUCAUGAAUCUUACCUGUGCUGUUGGAACCACAGGACAGAAAUCUAUCUCUCGGGUGAUUGAAUACUUGGAACACUGCUAAAUACUUAACUUGCGCUGCAGUUACUCACUAAUGCUGGAGCUACCCUUAGACAAAGGAAGAAGUCAUGAAUGAAGUCCUUGCAGAUACACCAAGAGCAUUCAUCUGUGUCAUUCGUGUUUGGAUUUUUAAGGCUACCUGGUCUCUUGAUUAUGCAUUCUGCGUUUGCUAAAUGACAGUUACUACAUCAAUCUGCAGCUAUCAAAAAUGAGAGAUGAAGGUUCUGGGGAAACUAUAGGACUCAGGCUGUUAAUGAUGCAGUGAGGUAUUUAAACGUUCGACUACGGCAGGGUUUACCCUCCCCUACUUGUCUUGCUUUGUCCCUGGCAAGUUAGAAGGGGUGGGGGGGAAAAACUUUUGCUGCUGAUAGUGCAACUGCUGUUUAUGUUGAGCCACUGUUUCAUGCCAGCCAGGUGCAAAGGCAGCUUAGCUACUGAGGUAUCAGAAAAAUGUUCUAAGUCACGUUCUGGGCAGCAGCAGGACGCUUUUCAGUCUCAUUUGCUCUUGCUUUUUUUUGUCAGACGAUUCCAAAAUUAUAAAAAUAAAAGUUUUUAAAUACUUUUUUGUGAUUUUAACUACUGUCUAUAUUUAAAAUAUGUUGGAAUCCAAAGAAGCGAGGAUUGGAUAGUUUAUUUUUUUACUCUUGAUUCAGUUCAGGUUGUUGUUCACUUCUACGACCGCUAUGACCCAUAGAAAAUUGUAUACUACCAUAACACAUAUUAGUGCUAAAAAGGCAUACAAGAAAACGAGCCCUUCAAAGCCGUUUGAGGGUAUAAUGUCCCAAAUGCAGUAAUUGUACACGUUGUCUCCUGUUAAGGGAAAAGUGAAAUGUUAAUCCCAGGGUAGUUUACACUUCAUGUUGAGAAAAAUCUUUGAAACGUGUUGUUUCAAAGAAAAAACUCUAGGUAUAUUUUAUAAUGUUCAAUACAAUAAAUGUAUAAGAAGCUAUAACACCAAGGGGGAUUCAUGCUUCCAAAUGGCAUAACCUUUCUAUGAAUAUAUUCUUCUAUAGAAUGGCAAACUCAAAUGCAUACAACAUAAAGCCUUAAAUCGCUGAUUUAGCCAAGAUUUUAUUUGGUCCAAAGUCUGAUUCACAGCAAAGCAUGGUGUUUAGAGACUUUAGUGCAGCAGAAAAAAAAAAAAAAUCUCAGAAAAUGCAUUUUCCACAGUUUGGGUUGUGGACAUCACCCUGAUUUCUUGCACUCAUUAUUCAGACCAAACUGAUAACUUUUUUUUAUUAAACUGGUCUUGAAUAUUUGCAGGCUUUCCAGAGGUCUAUUUCCUCAGCAUUUUAAAAAUACCUGUAUCGGUAGUUAUAUCAUGUUUCUUCAUUGGAUUUGUAAAACUUGAAGCCAUAAAAAUAUCAGUUCUAUGUGUAAUAGGGGAAAUAACUAAAACGUCUUAACUUGUUAUCAAGAUCUGAUGUUAUUUCCUUGUAUAAAGUUACAAAUCUGUGCUUUUGUAUCCAGGCCAGCUGUAAUUUUAUUCUUUUAAAUACAGUGGCUGCCUUUUAUGUCUUCCUAUUUUUGAUAAUGCAGAUUGUUGGGAAUUCUGUAAGGAAGUAACUGAUUAGAGGCAAAUCCUGUGUUGCUUGUUUCCUUUUUUUCCCCCCUUUUUUCUCAUCACCUUUUAAAACAUAGUGUACCAGUGUAACUUUGAAAAGAUUCUGAAGUUGUGUUUGCCCUGGGUUUAAAAAGAGAGCAAGUGAGUUUAAAAACAAAAACAAAAAACAAAGAUGUACAUGGUGUGGGAAAGCUGAAUUAACUAGGUAUAUUUUGUCCGUUUUGUUUUUAACAAUUUUUAGAGUAAUGGUUUUUCACUUACUGUUGGAUUUCAGAAAGCUUAAGCAGUUAGGUAUUGAUUGAACUGACUUGUGACAGAUGGUAAGGAACAAUGAAAAAAGUGAUUUAGUUGUAACGAAAGGAAAAUCAGGGCCAACUACAUUUCUCUGUUACACUGGUAAUCAUUUGAAUGGGAAUUGAUUUACCUCAGUGUUUAACAGUUUUGUUCUUUAAAAUAAUUGUCAAGCACUGAUUGAGAUGCAGAAUAUUGGGGAGGUUGGGGUGGGGAGGGGAGAAAUCACCUUGUGAACUGCAGUGCAUUUGUGUGUGUGAAACCCUCGAGUACUCUGCAUUGAAGGGUACGGGAGGCUGACUUGCAAAUUUAACUAAGGUUUUAAAGUAACUUUUUUUCCAUUGUAAAUAUUUCUGUAAAUAUUCUCAAUUGGAAAUUAGAACGGUAGAGUACUUUUCUGAAUCCAAUCCUAUUUUUAUUUUAUACAGUAUUUCUCAGCUGUGAUCUUUGGAGCAAAAGCCAACGGCAGGAAAAAAAAAUAGUUUGUACCAGUUUCAUGAAGUAUGUCUUUGGGUUUUUGUAAAUAAUUUUAACUCAAAUAAAAUUGCUACUUUCAAUACA